GAAACAACCAGCAUGUCAGAUGAGAUGACUUUCGCCAACGUCCCAGCCCGUGAAGAUUGUCCAAGCUGCCCAGAGACCGGAGAGCGCUGCGCUCUGCAUCAGAACAUGUAUCUUCGUGCCUUGGAAAGACAGCUGGAACCAGAUACCAUGAACCAACCCCAACAAGCAUACGCCCCUGAGCGUGGUGGACAUGACGAGCAGCGGGUCGCGUCCAAGACUAUGUCCAAAACUAAGUCCAAGACUCUGGCUAAGACUCUGGCUAAGGAGAAAAAUCGGCUAAAGACCCAAGAAGGCCAGAUGAUCAGCGCUCUGAGGAAGAUGAACUUCGAGGAGAGUAGAGAGCGGAUCAGGCGCGGCAAAAGACCUGGGAAGGCUGCUCUGCAAGUCCCUGACCCGAUCAAGAUUGCCGAAAAGAAAGAAAAGGCUGCCCGCCGUCUUGCCGAUCCAGCAAGAAUCGCCAAACUGGAAGCGUACCAACAGAAAGUAGCCGAGAGCAAGGCCCGGUCCCAAGCUAGACGUGUCCGCCACCUGGAACAGCAANAACAGCACAGCAAAAGCAGCACCGUCAUGGACGACAUUGCCGAGGCGACUGAGGCAUUGGAGCAUGCGCCCGCUCUACAGACCUAUGCUACAGGAAACGACCACGUCUCGAGUGGCCCGACUAUCAGAACUAGAGGUCAAACCGCGGCUCGCGAUGUGCAUGAGAAGAUCCAAAGCCUCGUCGCUGUGCAUAGCAUGCCUGAGGAGACCGGCACGGAUGCCUUCUUAGUCCGCGCAGACUCCUUGAUUGACCAGACGCUUACAUCGUCCAACUCCGCUCUGUCGAUGACCGACCGAAAGAAUCUUGAAGAAGCACUCAGUCUCGUCCGCACUGUACAACUGCUGUCAUCUAAAGACUACCGUCCUCAGCGAACUGGUACCGGCGAUAAAUGGCUGGAUCGUGUGAUUCGUGGCCCUGACCCAGAGGAGCGAUUUGUCUACAAGCGUGAACUCGCUAUUGAGAAUGUGCCCAUCAAGCAGGAAGACGCAUCUGAAAGCAGUCUCAACGCACAGGAGGAUGGUCUAAGAUUCGGUGGUCGUCUCAGAGGUGGAGCUAGCAAUGGCCGAGAUUCCUCACAGAUUGCUGAUACUGAGCGAGAUACCAUGAUGGAUUAG